GGGGUUUUAAUUAAAAUAGUUGCAUGAUUCGAUUCAAACUCACAAUCUAUCAGAUUGACACAAUACAAGUGAAAACCAUCAAAUGGAAAUUUUUCUGCGUGACGUCGGAAAAAAAGUAUGACGUGGCUAAAAUUCUUGGUUCUUCCUUUGACACGAGAAGAUCCAAACAGAGGUCCCAAUGUCCCAAUCGAAAGGGUUGUCAUUGCUCUCAUUCUUAUAAUUGUUCUGUGACAGGAAAGUCCAAUCUCCUUUUCCAUUCAGGCCAGAAGCUCUCUCGGUACCAUGACAAGAUCCAUCACUGUUGCGCUGUUGCCUUGCCUUGCCUCUGUUUGGAGCGUGAGCAAUGCUCUUUCGCUUGGGAACAGCCAAAACAUAAUUGUUUCACCAAGCGUGGCCAAAGCAGACUUCCUUAACCUUGGCAAGGACUUGUCGGAGGCAGUCGAAGCAGGUGCGGAGUGGUUGCACUUCUCGAUUCAGGACGGUCGUAUGGUACCAAAAAUCUCAUUUGGAGCUCCCAUGGUUGCAGCUUGCCGCGAAGCGUUUCCGAACAAUGUGGUUUUUGAUGUCAAGCUGGGAUGCAUCGAGCCCGAGCAUAGGGUUCCUGAUUUUGUAAAGGCUGGAGCUGAUAUUUUGUCUGUUCAUCCCGAAUCCACGCUCCAGUUGGGGGCAGUUAUCAACAUGAUCGAUAAGGCUGGUGUCGCCCCAGGUGUGGUGCUCAACCCGGGAACACCAAUUAGUGCAGUUCGGCACGUUCUGGAUCAGUGCCAAGUAGCAGUGGUAAUGCUGGUGAAUCCAGGAUAUGGUGGACCAAAGUAUCUUUCGACCGCUAUUGAGAAGAUCAGAGCUUUGAGAGCACUGAAGCCUGAUCUUCAUAUAUCCGUUGACGGAGGGGUGAGCGAGAAAAAUGCUGCUGAGCUCAUUGCUGCCGGAGCAAACGUGCUUGUUGCUGGUGGAGGUGUGUUCAAGGCUGAAGACAAGAGAGCUGCCAUUGCCAACCUCAAGUAUGCAUCUUUUGUGAAUGGGAACUAAGCAAAGCAUGCUGCCUGCGUCGAUACCGGUACCUAUGUGUAAGGCAGUUGAAGACGGUUUUUCUUGUGUGCUUCGGUGCAAUUGAUUGGGAAGAACCAGUGCUCGCCGUGGUGUACCUCCGAUUGACGUUACGACCUCCACGGCUCCAACCAUCUGUGUUGUCCAUGUCUUAUUCGUUCCAAGACAAGGAUACUGUAUUGAAGCAAACUCCAGACUUGACGAUACAAACGAUUCUGUUAGCUACAAUUAGACUAGAUGGAUCUAAUACUCUAAUUAUCGUUUUGAGAC